CUUCAGUCGUGCUUCGCGCGUCCAGCGAGCCGCAUGUGAGGUAGAUCAUUUCUAUCUCGAGCGUUCCUAUCUCGAGAUUAGACGCGAUCAGUGACAAAUUGCGGGCGUUCUGUCAAAAGUGAUUUCCAAUUCAAUUCUGAAUAUCAAAAUUUAAAAAAAUCACUUAUCAAUGAGGCACCGAUUUCGCUACGAUAUAUUGCUGGAUUAAAGGCAGAAUAGAAGCGGCAAAAGACUGGAUCUCGAAAAGAGCGAAGAGGGAGAAUGAAAACAAGAGAUGCAAGAUGCAAGGGAGCACCUGUCUAACAGCUGCCUCGCAUAUGGCGUUAGUACACUCGCGAGAUUAUCCGUUGCGCAGACGCUCCGACCAUUAGUCAUCCGCCAAUGGGUCCUCUGUCCGGUAACUCAUGGUCAAAAAAUCGUAACUCAGCAAAGAAUACUAAUAAUUUCCUUUGAUCGAGCAAUUUAAGAAUGUGAUGGUAUAAAGCAAAAGGAGCAAUCGAUCGGCAGCAUGUGUUAUGUGAUAGUAACUGGGCGCAGUUUGCUGUGGACACUCUUGUCUCUGGCAGCGUUGAUGGCGGUUUUAUCGGGCCUCAUCACUCCCAGAUGGCUCGUAGGACCACCGACGAUUAAAGAUACGAAAAACGGCACGGAAUUAUACACACCAACAGUCGGGAUCUUUAAUCGUUGCACGAGAUUGUUCGGCAAGACGCAUUGCGCGAAUUUUAACAUCGACGGUUUCGCGACGGAUUCCAACGUCUUUCCGGGAUGCUGGAAGGCUUCCCUGUUUUUCUUGUCCGCGGGCCUGGCCACGAUGUCGGUGACCGUGAUGGCUGCUCUGCUGGGAUGCUGCAUACAGAGCAUUGGCCGUAAGAGCAUCUUCAAUCUGGCGGGAGUGGCACAGGCCGUUGCUGGAAUACUGUACCUCUUCGGGAUGAUCCUAUAUCCUGCUGGUUGGGGUGCCGAGAGAGUGCAGAGGAUCUGCGGUCCUGAAGCUGACGCCUUUUAUCUUGCUAACUGCAGUCUCGGUUGGGCCUUUUAUAGCGCGGCAAUCGGCGUUGCUCUUACUUUCGUCUGCGCCGUUUUCAGCGGACAGGCGGAGAAGUCGACGGCCAGUGACAAGGUCCAGGACAAAAUGAACGAAGGAAAGACUCUAAUAUGCUUAGCCUGAGCGCGUAAAUAAAAUCAGCGAGGGGUCCGAUCUCAUCAAUAGGAUCCCUUGUUAAAGCGACGAAAAUUCCUACUUGGAGACCAACGGAAUUUUAAGAAAUAUUCACCUCGUUGUGUUCAUUGCAUAACAGAACAAAAAUAAAUUUUUUGCAAACGAGAUUAUACAAUUUGAAUUAAUCGUACAAGAUUAGAAGAGAAAAGAUAUUUACAAAAUAUCAUAUAUAUAGACAGAGAUAGAAUAUUAAAUGUACUUACCGUCUUCCCACAAUUACUAUCGCAAUUCAUAUAGACAUCUGCAGUGUUUUUGCAGAAUUCCUAUUUUAUAUUUUAUAAAGCAAAUAAUUUUAUCAUAAAUGUAUGUGCUCGAACUUGUUUACUCGAUGUAAAGAGAAUAAAUGUAUUAUCGCAACAAGAGAUAAUAUGUAUAACAAUAUGAUUUCUCUUAUAAGCAUCUGCUUAACUAAUUUUUUAUGUUCUUCAUAUUUUAUCAACAAGUUUGAUUGAUAAAUAAUGAAAUUUAUUUGUUUUAUAAUUAUUUUUCAACAUAUUGUUUGAAAUUCGAUCGAACGUAUAAUUUAAAUAGAUACAUGUACAUAAAAAAUUAUCAGCUUACAUAUCCAUCAAUUAUAUACAUAAGUAUAAAUAAUGAAGGCACCAAGGGAAUCAACAAUUAAUAAUUACAUGAGCGAAUUUAUACAAAAAUUUCGAAAAAGAACAAGUAUAACUGAUAAUGAUAGGAAAAUGUAACGGGAGCAAAUAACGAAAUCGUGAUUAUACAACUCGUGUGUAACGCGCGAUGCAAUUAUUUACUUAAAGUAUGAGUGUUAUUUGGUUGAUGACUUGCCGUUAAAAUCGCUGACCAUUGAUCGCAGUAACUACAGUCGUAUAACUAUGCAAAUAGAGAUUGAUGUAAUGUGAUGAGAGAGAUGUUCUUAUCGCAGGGGAAUGUCAAAUUCGGCGGAUCAUAGACAUUGAGUGACAUGUUUGUCGAUCACAAUCGAAUUAUCUGCGAUCCGCGUGUGACGCACCGUAAUAAUAAAGAUAUUAUUGAUCAUUUGCCAUA